AUGUCCUUCGUUCGCGCAACCUCGAAGAUCAGCCGUGCGGCCGUUCGUGCCCCGGUCUACCGCUCGGCCCCCGUCGCCUGGAACGCCCAGCGCGCCUUCUCCCAGUCCGCAGUCAGGUGCAGCGAUGCGCAUGCUGAGGAGACAUUCGAGGAGUUCACCGCCAGGUACGAGAAGGAGUUUGAGAAGGUCAACGAUGUUUUCGAGCUUCAGCGAAACCUGAACAACUGCUUCGCCUACGAUCUUGUACCCUCCCCCUCCGUCAUCACCGCCGCUCUCCGCGCUGCCAGGCGUGUCAACGACUUCCCCUCGGCCGUCCGAGUUUUCGAGGGUGUCAAGUUCAAGGCCGAGAACAAGACCCAGUACCAGGAGUACCUCCAGGAGCUUGAGCCUAUUCGUGAGGAGCUCGGCAUUCCCCUCAAGGAGGCCAUGUACCCCGAUGAGAAGUAG